AUGUGGACAGAAACUGGCGUCUGGUACGACGCGGAAGUGCUCACAAUAAACGUGAACACGCGACAGGCGCAGUUGUGGUACCCGUCGGACGAAGCCGAGGACGAAGCGUUAGGGGAGAAGGAGGACAUCAACAUCGAAGAGGCGAUACUGGACGACGAAGUGUCCUGGCCUUUGGACGAAAGCAAAAUGAGAGUGACGUCGGAAGAGGCGAGGGAGAACGCCAAGCGGUUGAAGAGAGAAAGAGACAAACAGCGGGAGAAGAAGAACAACGUUGGCGGCGCGGCGGGGAAACGCGUGGAACGAGAGAAGCGAGAGAUUCAGCAGAAGCGAGACAACGUGGCGAAGAAGUUCGAGGAAAGUUUGAACGUGGCGAAGGCGGAAGAAGAGGCGAUAGGAGUUACCGCGAACGCGGUGGAGAACGCGUUGAAUCCGAGCGAAAUUGCCGUCGGCAUCGAGAGAGCUUUGUUUGAACGGUGCGGGAGAGAUACGGGGAAAGAGUACGGCGUGCACGCGAGGAGUUUGAUGUUCAACUUGAGAGAUCCGCAAAAUCCAACGUUACGGGCGAGAGUGUUGCACGAAAACGUGAGCGCGGAGACGCUGGUGAAGAUGACACCGGCGGAGUUGGCGAAUAAAGAAUUGAUCGAGUGGAGGAAGAAACGCGAGGAGAAGAUUGGCGAGGAUGCGUUUUUGAAAGGCGUGCCGUUGGAGAUGAUCAAGGUAGAGAAGGAUGGGAAAGGCGUGAGCGUGCACAUCAAAUCGAAGGAGGAGAUCGAAAAAGAGGAGAGAGGCGUAGAAACGGAAGGAAACACGCCGGCGACCACGCCGAGAGUGGUCCCGGUUGGCGGGAAUAGUAAUAACAAUAAUAAGAAGGACGAUAACGGUAGUUUUAGCAAGGACGACGACAAUCCUUUCGCGGCGAGCAAAGAAGAGGAGAAAGAACGAUUAGACAAAGAAGAAGACGACGAGGGAGAAGCAGGCGACGUCGAUGAUGGUGAUGACGCCGCGAAAGAAGAUUUCAUUUCGUUCGAUGCGUACCAACGCGGCGAAGAAAAAGAUGAAGAGGAUGAUGAAGAAGAAGAAGAGGAAGAAGAAAAAGAAAUGGAGCAAAACGCUCCCGCGACGAGCAAAGAAAGAAACGACGUCGAAGACGACGACGAUGACAACGAGCCGGGUGAAAUACGCGCGUUAGAAAUCGGUGAUUGGUCCGGACACGUCUACGUCAAAGGCAUCGACUCUCUCCCCGCGGUCGCUUUGCACUUCUCUCCAGUUGGAGGCGAACUGGCGCUGUUAGAUAAACUUUUGCCCGAUUCCUCGACGCUUGAAAUCAAAGGUCGCGUUUCGUUAAAAGAUGCCGAGGCGUUCGUUCGACAAAUCUCUCGACAAUCUAACUCGCGCGCGGUGACUAUAGCCGAAGUUGAGACUUGCAUGGUCAACGAUAAAAAGCAAGACGCGAGCUUAUUAGCGCUCGCAAAGCACUACGAGGAUAAAGGCAGAGCCGGCGUGAGCGAUGAUAAGGAGAAAAAAAUAGAGGUGUACGUGUUCCCUCGUAAAUCAGACGAAGCUAUGCGUUUGUUGAAGCACAUGCGCGCGCCUGGGAUUGUCAUUCGAACCGAAAACAAAAAGAGUGGUUUGUUAGUUGCCGUCAUUCACAAAAAAGGUAUCGGGAGAAACUUUAAAGUCAUCGAAGCUAAAGCGGAGAAGAAGAGGAAAGAGGCGAAAAUGAAACAGCUAGAAAACGAACGCGUGAAGAAGAUGAAAUUGUUAGAAGCGGAGCGUUUGCGCGAGGCGGAAAAUUACUCGCCGCCGGACGACGGAACGAGCGAUUUCGACGAGGAGUUUUCGGAGGACGACGCGGAAGAAGAAGAAGAAGAAGCGAGGAAGCCGCCGCCGCCGCCGCCGAAACGAGCAGUGACGAAUAACUUUGGACGCGGAUUGACGCAAACUCUCGUCCAACCGCCACCGGCGCCGGUUGUGCAACAACAAGCCCCACCGCCUCCUCCACCAGUUACGGUUGUUGCCCCGCAGCUCCAUCGCCAGGCACCUCCACCACCACCUGUAGUUUCCGCUGCCCCUCAGCAGCAUCAUCGUCAAGCUCCGCCGCCUCCUCCGCCGCCAAACGUCGUCGUCGUGCCUCCUCCUCCUCCGCAGUUGCGCGUCCCGCCGCCGCCGCCGCCCAUCGUUCACGUCCCACCUCCUCCUCCAAACAACACCGACAAAAUCAACGGAGGCGACAUCAACCAACUCCUCUCCUCCGUGAGCAAAUUCUUGCCGCCGCAAAGAGCUCCGCCGCCGCCUCCGCCGAGAUGA